GUGAAGGAGAGACAGAUAUAAAAGCCCCAUUAAGGUUUGCAGAAUGUGAAAGAAAGGAAUGAGAAUAUAUUCUUUUUAAAAUCGUAUUAUGUGAUGUAAAGAGGAGACAAAAUGUGAAAAGAAGAGGAUGAAAAAUUAAUGAGGCACAGUGUGUGUGUCCUGAUCUUGGGAAAAAAGAUGUCACGAUUCAGGGAAACCCUUAAAGAGGAUGAAUCUGGAAAGAAGAACCCUAAGAUGCCUCAAAAACAAAAGAAAAAAGAGGCUGAAAAUAAGGACGAUGCAGUGAUAUCGAAGGAUAGGCUCCCUCUGAUUGGUUCAUCAAGAAAUAAAUCUGCAGCGAGGCCCUCUCUUUCCACUCCUCAUGCCGAAGCGAGGAAACGUGUCCAUCCUCCCAUCUCAUCUGGGGCCCCUGACAGCAUGACACCCUGGGAAGGCUCCUCCCACUCUGAGUCCUCCUUUACCAGUUUUCCCCCUCCAGUUUCACCCCUUCCCCUUGCCCACUCGAAGCCAAUCACAGCACCAGAUCCUCCACCCCCACCACCCCUCCUCAAAUCACAAAGACUGAACCUGAGAAUGGCCAGAGUGCCAGGGUAAAACGCAAGCCGCUCCCACCAAGACACCCCCCUAGACCUCCCCGUUUACCCCCUCUGAGGCAAGUCACAAAUCUUAGCUUCUCUCGUAGUUUCACGUUUUCGUUUUUUGAGCUGCCGGUUCACCAGUCUGCACGGAGCAGAGCAGAGCGCCUCAGAGAUCUCACUGUGUUGCUGAGGCAGUUUCAGUACUGAGGAAAAACAUGGUACUGUGAGUUCACAUCUAGGGCAGAAAUGCAUCAUGUGGAAAAACAAUGUAAGCACAAGUACAUCAGAUUGUCUGUGGCUUCACAUCAGUGUUUCAUGUAUAUGCUUAAUUUUAUUUUUGUUUUAUUAAUGAUAAAUAGAUAGAUAGAUAGAUAGAUAUGUAUAGAGAGAUAGACUUUAAAAUGUACUUUAUAUCUGUGAUUGCAAAGCUAAAUUACUCUUCAGUGUCACAUGAACCUUCAGAAAUCAUUCUAAUAGGCUGAUUUGGUGCACAAGAAGCAUUUAUUAUAAGUGUAGAAAACAGUUGUUCUGCUUAAUAUUUUUGUGCAAACCGUGAUAUUUUUAACAAAUUGCACACAUUUUUGUAAUUAUGUAAAAUGUAAAAACGUAUAUAUAUACUGUAUACUAUAUAUACUGACCAAUGAAGUAAUGGAAAUUCCCCAACUUGUGUUUGUUGUUUUUGUUACUUUUUUUAAGGCUGUUAAAUGUAUAUUUAGAGUGUGUGUGGGUGUGAUAUUGUACAACCUUUUUUGCCUUCUGAUCUUAAGCACGUUUGACACUUAUAUAAACCAAUGGAACACAGAGUUGGAGAGAAAAGCCAUGGUGUUUAUUAUGUAGGAUGGAGACAGCAUUUGUGAUGAAUUAUAUAUGAGGGAUAAUAAAGUGGUUUCCUCUGGACACACGUUUCAGAUGUUGGUGAAUUCUCUACACAAGAUGGACAAUCAAAGAUGUUCAGAGAGUGAGAAUUUCAAUCCCAAUCCUGUUUAUGGUUUGAAUGAAGCACAGCUAGAUAUCCUGGGACAGCGCAGGUGGAAGGCGCAUCGGACAAUUUGGGCAAAGCUGAAGGAGGAGCGCUGGUGUUCAGGUCCAAGGCUGAAGAGCUGCUUCCUGUCUAUUGCACCUCUCUUGUCAUGGCUGCCACAGUACUCGCUCAGGAAAAAUGCUAUUGGAGAUUUGAUAUCAGGAAUCAGUGUGGGAAUCAUGCAUCUGCCACAAGGGAUGGCUAAUGCUUUGUUGGCUGCAGUUCCUCCAGUGUUUGGUCUGUAUUCAUCCUUCUACCCUGUUCUCAUCUACUUCAUGUUUGGAACAUCCAGACACAUCUCUGUGGGUACUUUUUCUGUCCUUUCCAUCAUGGUCGGUACGGUGGCCGGUGAUGUUGUGUUGGCAGGCAGCGGAGCAGAGAGUGAUGAGAUUGAGGCUGAAAGUGCAAGAGUUGCCUUUGCAGCUCAGUUGACCAUUCUGUGUGGAUUGAUACAGAUUGUGCUGUAUGUGCUACGUUGUGGAGGGGUGUGUCGGUGGUUGUCUCAGCCGUUGGUCAGUGGUUACACUAUGGCAGCUGCUAUCCAUGUGACUGUUCACCAGCUGCCUUUACUGAUGGGCAUCUCCAUAGUCAGACACAGAGGUGUCUUUGCUGUGUUCUGGAUGUUUUCAAACAUUGUGACUGGAAUCAGGAGAGUGUUACUGGCGACACUGGUAGUGUCCCUUGUCUCCCUGGUGAUACUUGUUGGUGGAAAGAUGGUGAAUUCACGCUGGAGCACUCGAUUUCCUAUUCCAUGGGAGUUGGUACUGAUUAUCUUUGCCACGGUGUCGUCAGUGCAGUUUGAUCUGUCCGGUCAGUAUGGAAUACAGAUUGUUGGGCCCAUACCAACCGGUCUCUCACCUCCCUCCCUUCCAUCGUUUUCUGUCUCUCAGGAGCUGUUAUUGACAGCUCUUGCGUUGGCAGUGGUGGGCUAUGGUUUCCAAGCUUCACUGGGCAUGAUGUUUGCUCAUAAACAUGGGUACCCCUUUCACAGCAACCAGGAGCUGUUGGCUAUGGGUCUGUGUAACUCCAUCGGUGGGAUGUUCCAGUGUUUUCCAGUGAGCGGAUCCAUAUCUCGCAGCACAGUACAGGAGAGUACAGGCGGACAAACUCAAGUUUCUUGUCUGGUGUCUGCUCUGAUAAUUCUUUUGAUCUUGUUAAAGUUUGGCCCCCUUUUUCAGCAGUUACCAAAGACAGUUUUGGCUGUCGUUAUUUUAGUGAAUCUGCAAGGGGUUUUUGCACAAGUCAAAGAUGUGCCUAAACUUUGGAAUACAGACCGCUUGGACCUGGUAGUGUGGGUAGUGACACUGCUCAGUGCCCUGGUGUUUAAUCUGGACCUGGGGCUUGGCAUUGCAAUUGUUUUCUCUAUGUUUACCAUCGUCUUCAGGACACAGCAGCCCAGAUCUGCUGUUCUUGGGCAUAUUGCUGGCACAGACUGUUACAGGGAUCUGGAGAAAUACUCAAAGGCACACCAGAUCCCUGGAGUGACUGUGUUUUCCUGCUGUAAUCCACUUUACUACGCCAAUGCAGACCAGACCUUCACAUCACUCAAACAGACAAUUAGCAAUGACGUUAAUGAGAAUCCUGAAGUAAGACCUCCAGACCAGCAGGGGGCUCAGAGCGCACAGCACUGCGUUAUUCUGGAGCUCAGUGGAGUCACCUUCAUGGACUCGGUGGCCAUUGGCUCAUUCAAAUCAGUGCUUCAGGAUUUUGAGAACACGCAGACCUUGUUUUUCUGUGCUUCAUGUCCAGAUGGUUUACUAUCUCAGAUGAAGAAUCAUGGUUUUGUUCCAGAUUUUCUGUCUCUUUCUUCAUUUUUUCCUUCAGUUCAUCAUGCAAUCCUGCACUACCAGGGGCUACAGAACACAGGCACAGAUGUUACAGAGCUGUGACCUUUAGUGACCUCCCUUCCUGAACGAUGAGCUCAGCUAAUGCACGAACCUGCAAACCUCAAAGAAUCCCUCACUACUGAGCUUUAGAAGUGACACUUCUAGAAAGAUUGGAAAAGGAAUACAAGAACUUCCGAUUUUGAUUUAAUGAUUUGGAGCAACUGUGUGCAUUUAUCUGGAUUUAAGGUGAAGUGCUGCAACAGAUGCUUAUUUAUCGGCUAUUGAAUGUUGGAACACUGUGGUCAGAAUUUUCUUAUGGCUAUUGACUUGCAUUUACCUUUUUGGUUUUGCUUUUUUAUUUACUUGUUGAUUUGUUCUGCUUUUAAAUCAAAAUUUUCAUCAUUAUUCUACUUUUAGAUUAGAUGGAUGCUUGAAAUCGUUUAAAAAAAUGCUCAAAUAUAAAGUUUCUUUAAAACAUUGUAAUGCAGGUCUGUGCAUAUGAAAUCUCCUAGAUUUUUAAUAUAUAUUUCAUGUUACAGACCAAUUUGGUUUGGUGAUAUUGUAAAAUAAAAUAUGUAGUAAAAUAAAUAAGACUGUAAAAUAAAAUAUGUACAAAUAACAACAUAGAAACAUGUAUGGAAAAUAAUUAUUAACACUCUGGUCAACACAAACAAACAUAGAAUUUAACAGAAUCAUAUCUGCGUACAUGAAGUCCACACAUGUGCAUUGCUGAAAUGUUCUUGUACCCCCAGUGAAUUGAACCAUAACUGUUAUUAGAAUAGACUUUGUUCUCUGGGCAGGUGUUGGGGAGAGGCCACAUUAAUAUUUAAUUAAGCUCAUUUCCCUCAGGCGUUUACAAAAGACAUACUAUAACCCUCUAUUUUAUAAAGCUGAUCAUAAUGACAGACUAACCCUAACUCUACAGAAACAGAAGCAUUUUUGGUUAAAUAAAAUGGUACUCAAAUUGAGGACAUCCCAAAUUUCACCAAAGGAAUGUUUUGUCAGUAUUAUUACCUAAUACUAUGUUAAAAAUACAAACAGCCAUAUUUACGUGACAUAAUUGCAAUUUCAUAUACAAGUCUCUGUAUUCUCAGAUGAAGAUAUAUCUACUUCACUGGAUCAAAACAAACACCUCUUAUAGCAGAGAU